AUGAAGAGUGUGGCGUUGCUGGUCUUCCUGGCGGGGUUGUUGCUGCCCUCCCCCACUCGCACGUGCAGCCUGAUGGGGGCACUGCGGAAGGGCAGGCACUUCCACCGCGGGCGCUUGCCUCCGUGCGUGCGAGGGCUGAUGCCACAGGGCGAGGAGCUCAAGGCUUGCUUCAAAGAGAACUUCCGCAGAUAUCGCUUCAGAAAUGGUCAGUCAGGCUUGCGAAAUGGAUUUGAAGGGAUGAUAGAGUGUCUGGUGGAGAAAAUGAACCUCGAGACGGAAAACGGAACUCUCGAUGUCGAACAGGCUGUUCUCAAGAUGAGUGAAUUCGAAGGAUAUGAUAUAGAGGCGAUUGCCAGCAUCCAAUCCUCCGUAGAGGAAUGCGCCGCAAACUCCACCAGCUCCAAUGCAACCGAGCAACUGACGGAAAUCGUGCUGUGCGUGAGCAACAAAUCACGCGAGUUCUGCACCGAAAGACUCGAACUGCUGAAGACUUGGGAUGAAAAUGCCAACUGUAGCUCGGUGUCCAUCCCCACGGAUACCCUCAGUAUCAUUGAAGAGUGCGAGCCUGACGAGGAGACCUCCAGGCGCCGAGGCCCCCACAGAAGGCGUGGAAGAAAGCCGGCAAACCGAGGCCACGGCAAGAAAAUGUGGUCCCAGAUCUUGUGCGUCAACGAAAAUAUUGGCUCGUACAAUGCUUCAACAGGAUUCAAUUUCACCGUUAUUGCUGAACACAUCGCCACCUUCUCCGGCUGGGACACCAUUCCAGGGGCUCUUGAAAACCUGACGGAAAAGAUUAUCGAGUGCCAGCCCGAAUUCACAGGCGACGCUCAAACCCAGGCAGCCGAGUGGAUGCUGUGCUUACGCCCUUCUUUCGUGGAAAUCUGCGGUCUAGGAGGCGAUAUUACCGAAUACCUCUUCCCGGCUAUUAGGAAAAUGAUCAAGCAAUCAAGCGAAGAAGAUGAUGAUGACGAUGAUGAUGUGGAUGAACCGUGCACAUGCGACAUCUUUCCUUCCCCGCGCCUCUUCGACACGUUAAAACUAACCGGUGAUACUGAUGACUUGCUGGAGCUGGACGAGGAGGCGGAAAUGCUGUCGGUUGAAGGCGAUGACCCUGAGAUGAUGCUAGGCCAGAUGAAGAGACGAGGCAGGAGGAGGCGCCAGCGGGGCAGGAAGAACUCGUCCGAGGAAUCCAACGAGAGCCGAACCCCAGACAACUCGCCGGAGACGAGCGACAGCGACGAAGUGACGACCGUCGCCCCUACUACUGUGUUCCCGUAGGUUGAUGAUGGAGAGAUUGGUUUGGAUUUUCGGAUUUCAUGGCAAAAGGAUUAAGGGGGGUGGGGGAGGAUUCCAGAUGUAAAGCGGGGGUAUUUUCCAUUCUGGAUUUGGCUAUGGAUUUUGGGUACUCGUUCUUGGAAGAGAGAGGCCGAAGAAACAAGUUUGUUAUUUUGUGGCUAACUACUUGUAUUUCAGCACUGAGUGAAUGACUGUAGAUCAGUGCGUGAAUAAUAAUGUAUGUAUAUAUGUCAGUUUGAAUUAAAUCAUUCUGAAUAUUUGAUGAUGAUCUGAUCGGACAGCUUAGUAAAUGAGUUACACGGAUUGUCAUUAAAAGUCAUGAAUAUAAGGAUACCAGUGAAAGAGUUAUAAAGAGGAUAUGAAAAUACACGGCAAUGGAAGAUUUGUCAAGAAAUAUAUCAAUUUUCUUGUGACGGGGAUGAGACAAGACACAUCCAGAAUGUAUUCAGUAACAAGCGAAACCAAAGAUAAUUAUGUAAUAUUUUCCCCCAACAAUACUUAAUCAGCUGUCUUCCAAAUAUGUAGAAGUAAGAGAAUAUACAGUGUUUUCCCUAUUCUGUGUUACCUACGAUUCCAUGUAUCACAAAUCUUAGCCUAUGAUUCAGUACCAAAAAUACUUCGUUCACUCUGCUGUUUUGUUAUUGUACUGCUAUAGUCAAAUGUUUAGAGGUAUUAUUCAUUUUUAUUUGUUUAAUGGCACUGUUUGAGGAUUAAAGCACUGCAAUAAUGCAAAUA